AGGAGGCUGGUGCCGGCGGGGCUUUGGGGCGGGGGGGUGAAGCUGGCGAGGGGUCCCGGCCCCCAGAGGCAGCGCCGGAGGGAGCGGAGGCGGAGGCAGGGCGCCGUCCCCGGGCUGGAUGGCAUGAGGCGGCUGCCCGCCCCGUCCCACGCCGGACCCCCGAGGAAGAAGGAGAAGAAGCAGGAGGAGACCACGGAGAAGGAGACCCGGCAGGAGGAGGAGACCCGGGAGAAGGAGGGGGAGAGAGACCCCCCACCACGCCCCCGCCUGCCCCCCACGCCCUUCCUCCACAUCCUCCUCCUCCUCACCUGCACCGCCGCAGCGCACACGGAAGAUGUGGGCACCAGCCUCUACUUCCUGAACGACUCCAUCCAGCAGGUGACCUUCUCCAGCACCGUGGGGGUGGUCAUCCCCUGCCCGGCCGCCGGCUCCCCCAGCGCCGCCCUCCGCUGGUACCUGGCCACCGGGGACGACAUCUACGAUGUGCCGCACAUCCGCCACGUCCACGCCAACGGGACGCUGCAGCUCUACCCCUUCUCGCCGUCUGCCUUCAAUAGCUUUAUCCACGACAACGACUAUUUCUGUACCGCAGAGAACUCUGUGGGCAAAAUCAGGAGCCCAAAUAUCCGGGUCAAAGCAGUCUUCAGGGAACCUUACACCGUCCGGGUGGAGGAUCAACGGUCGAUGCGUGGAAAUGUGGCUGUUUUCAAGUGCCUCAUCCCCUCCUCAGUGCAGGAAUAUGUCAGCGUGGUGUCCUGGGAGAAAGACACCGUCUCUAUCAUCUCAGAAAAUAGAUUUUUCAUUACUUUCUACGGCGGGUUGUACAUAUCGGACGUCCAGAAGGAAGAUGCCUUGUCCACCUACCGGUGUAUCACCAAGCACAAGUACAGCGGAGAGACCCGGCAGAGCAACGGCGCCCGGCUCUCUGUCUCAGACCCCGCAGAGUCCAUCCCCACCAUCCUAGACGGCUUCCAUUCCCGGGAGGCCAAGGCCGGGCAGUUGGUGGAGCUGCCCUGCAUCGCCUCCGGCUACCCGAACCCGGCCAUCCGGUGGAUCAAGGACGGGCGGCCGCUGCCUGCGGACAGUCGGUGGACCAAGCGCCUGACGGGGCUGACCAUCAGCGACCUGCGGGUGGAGGACAGCGGGAUGUACAUCUGCGAAGUCACCAACACCUUUGGCUCGGCCGAGGUCACUGGGACCCUCAUGGUGAUCGACCCUUUACACGUCACCCUCACGCCAAAGAAGCUGAAGACGGGCAUUGGGAGCACCGUCAUCCUCUCCUGCGCCCUCUCCGGCUCCCCGGAGUUCGCCGUCCGCUGGUACCGCAACACGGAGCUGGUGACCCCCGACGACUUCAUCUCCCUGCGCGGCAUCAACAACGAGACGCUGCUCAUCACGGCCGCCCAGAAGGGCCACUCGGGCGCCUACCAGUGCUUCGCCAUCCGCAAGGCCCAGACGGCCCAGGACUUUGCCACCAUCGUGCUGGAGGACGGGACCCCGCGGAUCGUCUCGUCCUUCAGCGAGAAGGUGGUGAACCCGGGGGAGCAGUUCUCGCUGAUGUGCGCGGCCAAGGGGGCCCCGCCGCCCACCAUCACCUGGGCCCUGGACGACGAGGCCAUCCAGCGCGACGGCAGCCACCGCACCAACCAGUACACCAUGUCGGACGGCACCACCGUCAGCCACAUGAACAUCACCAGCCCCCAGAUCCGGGACGGAGGCGUCUACCGGUGCGCCGCGCGGAACUCGGUGGGCAGCGCCGAAUACCAAGCGCGAAUAAACGUAAGAGGGCCCCCCAGCAUCCGUGGGAUGAAGAACAUCACCGCCGUGGCCGGAAGGGACUCCUUCAUCAACUGCCGGGUGAUCGGCUACCCCUACUACUCCAUCAAGUGGUACAAGGACUCCCUCCUGCUGCCGGACAACCACCGGCAAGUGGUCUUCGAGAAUGGCACACUCAAGCUGAUGGACGUCCAGAAGGGCAUGGACGAAGGCGAGUACCUCUGCAGCGUCCUCAUCCAGCCGCAGCUGUCCAUCAGCCAGAGCGUCCAUGUCACCGUCAAAGUCCCUCCGCUCAUCCAGCCCUUCGAGUUCCCCCCGGCCUCCAUCGGGCAGCUCCUCUACAUCCCCUGCGUGGUCUCCUCGGGCGACAUGCCCAUUCGCAUCACCUGGAGGAAGGACGGGCAGGUCAUCAUCUCCGGCUCCGGCGUCACCAUCGAGAGCAAGGAGUUCAUGAGCUCCCUGCAGAUCUCCAGCGUCUCCCUCAAACACAACGGGAACUACACCUGCAUCGCCUCCAAUGACGCCGCUUCCGUCAGCCGUGAGCGCCAGCUCAUUGUGCGAGUCCCUCCACGCUUUGUUGUCCAGCCCAACAACCAGGAUGGCAUCUAUGGAAAGGCGGGGGUCCUCAACUGUUCUGUGGAUGGAUACCCCCCACCCAAAGUCAUGUGGAAGCAUGCUAAAGGCAGUGGGAACCCCCAGCAGUACCACCCGGUCCCGCUCACUGGCCGCAUCCAGAUCCUGCCCAACAGCUCCCUGCUCAUCCGGCACGUCUUGGAGGAGGACAUCGGCUACUACCUCUGCCAGGCCAGCAACGGGGUCGGCACGGACAUCAGCAAGUCCAUGUUCCUCACCGUGAAGAUUCCGGCCAUGAUCACCUCGCAUCCCAACACCACCAUCGCCAUCAAGGGCCAGGGCAAGGAGCUGAACUGCACGGCCCGCGGAGAGCGGCCCAUUAUCAUCCGCUGGGAGAAGGGGGAUACCGUCAUUGACCCCGACCGCAACAUCCGCUAUGCCAUCAGCACCAAGGACAACGGUGACGAGGUCAUCUCCACCCUCAAACUCAAGCCAGCUGACCGCGGGGACUCUGUGUUCUUCUCCUGCCACGCCAUCAACUCUUACGGGGAAGACAGGGGCCUCAUCCAGCUCACGGUCCAAGAGCCCCCGGACCCACCCGAACUGGAGAUCCGAGAGGUGAAGGCGCGCAGCAUGAACCUGCGCUGGACUCAGCGGUUCGAUGGCAACAGCAUCAUCACUGGCUUUGAUAUCGAGUACAAGAACAAGUCUGAUUCCUGGGAUUUCAAGCAGUCAACCCGGAACAUCUCCCCGACCAUCAACCAGGCCAAUAUCGUCGAUCUCCAUCCUGCCUCGGUGUACAGCAUCCGCAUGUAUUCCUUCAACAAAAUCGGCCGCAGCGAGCCCAGCAAAGAGCUGACCAUCAGCACCGAGGAAGCAGCUCCCGAUGGACCCCCCAUGGAUGUUACUUUGCAGCCGAUGACGUCCCAGAGCAUCCAGGUCACCUGGAAGGCGCCCAAGAAGGAGCUCCAGAACGGGGUCAUCCGGGGCUACCAGAUCGGCUACCGGGAGAACAGCCCCGGGAGCAACGGCCAGUACAGCAUUGUGGAGAUGAAGGCCACGGGGGACAGCGAGGUCUACACUCUGGACAACCUGAAGAAGUUUGCCCAGUACGGCGUGGUGGUGCAGGCCUUCAACCGGGCGGGCACCGGACCCUCCUCCAGCGAGAUCAACGCCACCACCCUCGAGGACGUGCCCAGCCAGCCUCCGGAGAAUGUGCGGGCGCUUUCCAUCACCUCCGACGUGGCGGUCAUCUCCUGGUCCGAGCCCCCCCGCAGCACCCUCAACGGUGUCCUCAAGGGCUACCGGGUCAUCUUCUGGUCUCUCUACAUGGACGGCGAGUGGGGUGAGAUGCAGAACAUCACCACGGUCCGGGAGCGGGCAGAGCUGCGCGGCCUGGAGAAGUUCACCAACUACAGCGUCCAGGUCCUGGCCUACACUCAGGCCGGGGACGGCGUGCGCAGCAACGUGCUCCACAUCCAGACCAAGGAGGACAUUCCGGGCCCCCCGGCGGGAAUCAAGGCCGUCCCCUCCUCGGCCAGCAGCGUGGUGGUCUCCUGGCUGCCCCCCACCAAGCCCAACGGGGUCAUCCGGAAGUACACCAUCUUCUGCUCCAGCCCAGGAUCUGGGCAGCCGGCGCCUAGUGAGUACGAAACCAGCCCCGAGCAGCUGUUCUAUCGCAUCGCGCACCUGAACCGGGGGCAACAGUACCUGCUCUGGGUGGCGGCGGUGACGUCUGCCGGACGGGGCAACCUCAGCGAGAAGGUCACCAUCGAGCCUGCGGGGAAAGCUCCGGCCAAGAUCAUCUCCUUUGGCGGCACGGUCACCACGCCGUGGAUGAAGGAUGUGCGCCUGCCUUGCAACUCUGUCGGGGAGCCGACCCCGGCUGUGAGGUGGACCAAGGACAGUGAUGACUCUGCCAUCCCCGUGGCAAUGGACGGGCACCGCCAGAUCCAAGGCAACGGCACCAUGAUCCUGCGCUCCGUGAAGGCAGAGGAUUCCGGGUACUACACCUGCACGGCCACCAACACCUGGGGCUUUGACACCAUCAUUGUCAACCUGCUGGUGCAAGUGCCCCCAGACCAGCCGCGGCUGACCGUGUCCAAGACGUCGGCGUCCUCCAUCACUUUGGCCUGGAUCCCUGGAGACAAUGGUGGCAGCUCCAUCCGAGGCUUCGUGCUCCAGUACUCCGUGGACAACAGCGAGGAGUGGAAGGACGUCUUCAUUGCCUCCUCCGAACGCUCCUUCAAGCUGGAGAGCCUGAAAUGCGGGACGUGGUACAAAGUGAAGCUGGCGGCCAAGAACAGCGUUGGCGCUGGACGCAUCAGCGAGAUCAUAGAGGCCAAGACCCACGGCAGAGAGCCGUCCUUCAACAAGGACCAGCACCUCUUCACCCACAUCAACUCCACGCACGCCCGGCUGAACCUGCAGGGCUGGAAUAGCGGGGGCUGCCCCAUCCUGGCUAUCGCGCUGGACUUCCGGCCCAAAGGCACCUGGGCCUGGCAAAGCCUGCGGGCCAACUACUCCAACGAGGUCUUCCUGACGGAGCUGCGGGAGGCCACCUGGUACGAGCUGCGCAUGAAGGCUUGCAACAGUGCCGGUUGCGGCAACGAGACCAUGCAGUUCGCGACACUGGACUAUGAUGGCAGCACCAUCCCGCCCAUCAAGUCCGCCCAGGGGGAAGGGGACGACGUCAAGAAGCUCUUCACCAUCGCCUGCCCUGUCAUCUUGGCCACUUUGGGCGUCGCCUUGCUUUUUGUCGUCCGGAAGAAGCGCAAGGAGAAGCGGCUGAAACGCCUGAGGGAUGCCAAGAGUUUGGCCGAAAUGCUCAUCAGCAAGAACAACCGGAGCUUCGACACUCCAGUAAAGGGUCCCCCGCAAGGCCCUCGGCUGCACAUUGACAUCCCCCGCGUUCAGCUCCUCAUCGAGGACAAGGAAGGCAUCAAGCAAAUCGGAGACGACAAAGCCACGAUACCCGUGACGGACACCGAGUUCAACCAGGCGGUCAACCCACAGAGCUUCUGCACGGGCGUUUCCUUGCACCACCCAGCACUCAUCCAGAACACAGGCCCCCUGAUCGACAUGUCCGAUAUCCGCCCCGGGACCAACCCAGUUUCCAGGAAAAGUGUGAAAUCUGCGCACAGCACCAGGAACAGAUACUCCAGCCAGUGGACCCUCACCAAGUGCCAGGCCUCCACUCCCGCCCGCACCCUCACUUCUGACUGGAGGACUGUCGGCUCCCAGCAUGGCAUCACCGUGACGGAGAGCGACAGCUAUAGUGCCAGCUUGUCCCAGGACACAGACAAAGGGCGAAACAGCAUGGUCUCCACAGAGAGCGCCUCCUCGACUUACGAGGAGCUGGCACGCGCCUACGAACACGCCAAACUGGAGGAGCAGCUGCAGCACGCCAAGUUUGAGAUCACGGAGUGCUUCAUCUCGGACAGCUCCUCCGACCAGAUGACCACCGGCACCAACGAGAACGCGGACAGCAUGACCUCCAUGAGCACCCCCUCGGAGCCCGGCAUUUGCCGCUUCACCGCUUCACCCCCCAAGCCGCAGGACAGCGACCGGGGCAAAGGGGUGGCGGUGCCCAUCCCUCACCGCGCCAACAAGAGCGAUUACUGCAACCUGCCCUUGUACAUGAAGUCUGAGACCUUCUUCCGCAAGCCGGACCUUCACGAGCCGUGUCCGGUGGUGCCGCCCCGCGAGGCCUCCAUCCGCAACCUGGCUCGGGCCUACCACUCGCAGGCGGCCAGGCACCUGACUUUGGACUCUGGCGGCGCGAGCGGUGGCGGAGGCGGCAGUGGCGGCAACAAGACUGUGGUGGUUCCGCACGCGAGCGCAGCCACAACCACCUUACCUCAGAGAACGCUCGCCAUGCCAGGGCCGCCGGGCGCCACCGCCCCCUCCGCCCCUUCCGCCCCCGUGGCCGCCGCCCCCACCAUCACCGCCCCCGCCAUCACCGCCACCGCCCCCGCCUCCGUCCCCAUCUCUGCCCCUGCGGCGGCCACGGCGCCCACCCCGGCGCCCGCGGCCGAGUCACGCCUGCCCCACCAGACCAAGAUGGGGGGCUCCAGGGACUCGCUACUAGAAAUGAGCACGUCCGGCCUCAGCCGAUCCCAGAAGCCCGGAGCGGGCGCCUACUCAAAAUCCUAUACGCUGGUGUAGCGGAGGACUGGACAGAAGACGGCAGAGACUGGGCUCUUUUCCCUAGUUAUUUAUAUUGAAAUAAAUGAAGCUCUUGUACAGAAAGGACCUUUUUUGUAUAAAUGAACCUAUUUUCUUCUCCCCCCAACACAAGGGGAAUGUGACAACGGGAUCCUCCGCCCGGGAAUCGUCUGGGCAGAGGCCCCGAGUCUGCGGCGGCGGUGGCGGUCCGCGUGCGCCCUGCCCCUCCCCUGAACGGUUUUGAAGGGAUUUCUUGGAGACACUGCAUGUUGUUUUACUGUUUGGAAGACCGUGGGAAUUUGCAUCUGCCUCUGUGUUAAUACCUUUUUCUAUCAAAAACAAAAAGCCAGCGCAGUGUGCAAUAAAAGCUAUGUUUCUAUAA